UAGUUCAUUAUUGUGUACUCUUAGGGCCGCUGUUGGCCAGCGUGUCGAUGCUUUACGGCACAUUUAAAGAGAAACCUCCCAUGCCGUGAUGAUAUCAGACAGAGAAAGACAGUCAUCGUGUUAAAACGUUGGUGGAUUCUUAAAGAACGAUAUUGCAGAAGCCUUUCUUCUUACCGAUGUGGACGAUUGUGGAUUAACCGUUAUUUUUCAUACAAUUGAUUGGAUUUCUGGUAAAUGUGGGACAUAUUUCGUGUCAUUAUAUUCCGUGGGGAAAAUGUCAACCAGAACAAUGAGACGGCAAGUACUGUUGUUUUCCUUCGCCCUUUAUCUCAGUUCAGUGCUCGGCCAAGUCAGCUACUCCAUUCCCGAGGAAAUGCCGAGUGGCUACUUAGUCGGUAAUAUUGCUCAGGAUUUAGGUUUAGACAUAAAACGACUGAAAGCCGGGCGAGCUCGGGUUUAUACGGGAGACAGCGCGGGAUACAUCGAGCUCAGUAAAGACCGUGGGGUCCUCCUCGUCAAAGACAGAAUAGACAGAGAAGCGAUCUGCAAACAGACUACGCCUUGUGCUUUGCAUUUUCAGAUCAUUUUGGAGAACCCCAUGGAGUUUUACAGCGUCACAGUCGAGAUUACGGACAUAAAUGACAAUCCUCCCACCUUCGAAAAAAACGAAGUCAGUUUUAAAAUCAGCGAAUCUGCUGUGAUCGGAGGAAAAUUUGUAUUAGACAGAGCAAUAGAUCGUGAUGUGGGCAAAAACGGUCUUCAAAAGUACGAGCUUAAACCCACCGACAAUUUUUUGCUUAAAAGAGACAGCCAAGGUGAUGGAACGGAAAAAACUGAAAUGAUUUUACAGAAGCCUCUGGAUAGAGAAAAGGAAGAUUCAGUAUCUUUAGUUUUAACAGCCUUUGACGGCGGAGAGCCGCAGAUGUCAGGCACAAUUCGGAUUUUAAUCACGGUGUUAGAUGCAAACGAUAAUGCGCCUGUUUUUACACAGUCCACCUACACAGCCAGUGUUUUUGAAAAUGCCCCAGAAGGGACGGUUGUCACUACUGUUAGUGCGUCAGAUGCAGAUUAUGGCACAAAUGGUAGAGUAAAAUAUUCAAUAACGAACAGCUUAGACCAAGCCCAUGUCCUCUUUCAGAUAAACGAAGAAAGCGGAGAAAUAACAUUAAUUGGAAAUAUUGAUUAUGAAAAUGCGCGUAAUUACCAUAUUAACAUACGUGCAAGUGAUGAUGGUGGACUUACAGAUUCAUGUAAAGUCUUAGUUGAAGUGCUUGAUAUUAAUGACAACAAACCAGCGAUUAAUAUAAUGUCGAAAUCUAAUAUGAUAUCUGAACACGCUAAACCAAGCACUGUUGUAGCAAUGAUGAACGUUCAAGAUCCAGAUUCGAAAGAAAAUGGUAAAGUCCACUGUUUUAUGAGCGAUAACACCCCUCUGACUAUAAAGUCAGCAUCAAAUAAUUUCUACAGUUUAGUGACAGACAGUGAAUUAGACAGAGAGAGAGCCUCUGAGUAUAACAUCAGUGUGACCUGCUCUGAUGAGGGAGUGCCCUCCCUCUCCAGCAGCGUCACUCUCACCUUACAGAUCUCUGAUGUAAAUGACAACGAGCCUGUCUUUGAGAGGAGCUCAUAUGAGGCCUACAUUGUAGAAAACAACACACCAGGUGUGUCUAUAUUCACAGUGAGAGCCACAGACGCUGACUGGAACCAGAAUGCUCGUGUUUCUUACAUUCUGGAGGACUCCUCAGUGAACGGAGUGCCAGUCUCCUCAUAUGUGUCCAUCAGUGCUGAUAGUGGAGUCAUCCAUGCAGUGCGCUCUUUUGACUACGAGCAGAUCAAAGACUUCCAGUUCCGUGUGAAAGCUCAGGAUGGAGGCUCUCCUCCACUCAGCAGCAAUGUGACAGUGAAAAUGAUGAUCCAGGACCAGAACGACAACCCUCCUCAGGUUCUGUAUCCAGUCCAGACUAGUGGCUCUGUGGUGGCUGAAAUGGUGCCUCGUUCAGCAGAUGUGGGCUAUCUGGUGACCAAAGUGGUGGCUGUUGAUGUGGACUCUGGACAGAAUGCGUGGCUGUCGUAUAAACUGCAGAAAGCCACAGACAGGGCUCUGUUUGAAAUGGGCUCCCAGAAUGGAGAGAUCCGAACCAUCCGCCAAGUGAGUGAUAAAGAUGCAGUGAAACAGAGACUGAGUGUUAUAGUGGAGGACAACGGUCAGCCCUCUCGUUCAUCUACAGUCAUUGUGAACGUGGCGGUGGCGGACAGCUUCCCUGAAGUUCUGUCAGAGUUCAGUGACUUUCCACAUGACAAGGAGUACAAUGACAACCUGACUUUUUACUUGGUGUUGGCUCUGGCUGUGGUCUCCUUCCUGUUCAUCACGUGUUUGGUGGUUAUUAUCUCAGUGAAAAUCUACAGAUGGAGACAGUCUCGCAUCCUGUAUCAUUCCAACCUCCCCGUGAUUCCAUAUUAUCCUCCACGUUACUCAGACACUUUGGGGACAACAGGGACUCUCCAACACGUGUACAAUUACGAGGUGGGCAGGACGACAGACUCGAGAAAGAGUGACUGUAAGUUCGGCAGAGCUGGUAGUCAGAACGUGUUGAUCAUGGAUCCCAGUUGUUCAGGGACGAUGCAGCGGAUGCAGAGUGAGAAGAGCAUCCUGGAUGAACCAGACUCUCCUCUAGAGGUUAGUCCUUGCUUUAAGAAGUGUAUAUGAUAUUAUUAUGUACUU